AUGAAAGCGACGAGUGCGAAUCACUCCACAUUGGAUCAUGAAGAUCCUUCCCCACCAUAUGAGUCCGUGGCACCAAAUGUACCAGAUGCACUGAGCGUUGGUAUGCGUAACGACGGUCGCAUGGACAUGGACAUAGACGAAGCCUUAGGUCGUCAACUUACAACACUGGUUCAAGAAGAAGAAACGACAUCGUCACCACACCGAGGAGCCCUUUCAAUCCGAGAAACUAUCCCUAUCGUCAAAUGUCCAGCCAAACUUGACAUCUGCAUCCAAGUCGUUGGUAGUCGAGGCGAUGUGCAGCCAUUUGUUGCUCUAGCCUGCGAACUUCAUCAACAACACGGUCAUCGUGUUCGAAUAGCCACACAUGCAGUCUUUGAGGAUUUUGUACGGGAAUCCGGACUCGAGUUCUAUCCUAUAGGCGGCGAUCCGGCAGAGCUUAUGGCGUACAUUGUCAAGAAUCCAGGCUUGAUACCAAGCGUUGCAAGUCUAAGAGCGGGAGAUAUUGGUCGCAAACGACGCAUGUUGGCAGAGAUCCUCGAAGGAUGUUGGAGCUCAUGUUACAAGCCGGAUGAAAAGACGCAACGACCAUUCGUUGCGGAUGCAAUUAUCGCCAACCCGCCGAGCUUUGGGCAUGUGCACUGUGCGCAAGCACUUGGUAUACCGCUACACAUCAUGUUCACAAUGCCAUGGACGAGUACGAGGGCAUUUGCGCAUCCGUUGGCGAAUCUCAAGUAUUCUCCCGAUACAAGUCCAAGAGUUGCCAAUAUGAUGUCGUAUGGCGUGGUAGAAUGGAUGACAUGGCAAGGAAUCGGAGAUCUAAUCAACGAUUGGCGAACCAGAAUAUUGGAUCUCGAGCCUCUGCCCAGCUCAGAAGGUCCUCUGCUUUUAGAAACUUUGAAUAUACCGCACACUUAUUGCUGGUCGCCGGCGCUAGUACCCAGGCCUUCUGACUGGCCAGAGCAUAUUGACGUAAGCGGAUUUUUCUUCCGAGAAACUCCACCAUACAGACCUCCACCAGAUCUGCGUCAAUUCCUUGAAGCAGGUUCUCAGCCAAUUUAUAUCGGGUUCGGCAGUAUUGUGAUACAAGAUUCAGAGGCGUUGACUAAGAUGAUACUUGAAGCUGUUCGCAUGACUGGAGUUCGGGCUCUCAUCUCCCGCGGUUGGAGCAACCUUGGGCAGGAUCGCAAAUCGGAUGAUACCGUGUUUUUUGUUGACGACUGUCCACAUGAAUGGCUAUUUGAUCAUGUUGCAGCAGUGAUUCAUCACGGCGGUGCUGGAACAACUGCGUGCGGCCUAAGCAAAGGCGUUCCUUCAUUCUUAGUACCAUUCUUCGGAGACCAACCGUUCUGGGGAACCAUGGUAGCAGCCUCGGGCGCUGGUCCAGAACCUGCCCCUCAUCAGUCGCUUAGUGCUCUCGUUCUUGCGCGAGGAAUCACCACCUGUUUAUUGCCCGGCACCAAGCAAGCCGCCAUGGAGGUAGCAGGCAAAAUGAGCACAGAAGCUGGUGUUCACGCAGCUGUGCAAUCUUUUCACGCGCAACUUCGAGUCGAUCUGAAGUGUGAUGUGAUCAAAGACGAACCAGCUGCGUGGAAAUAUCAAGACGGAAGUAAUUUGAUCAAGUUGUCAAAGAGAGCAGCGGCCAUUCUGACACGACAGGCCAUGCUUAACCCAAAAAAUCUUACACACUAUGCCUCAAAGCCCAUCAUCAUAGAUGCCAAGCGAUGGGAGCCUGUCUCUGCUGUUGUGUCAGCUUCGCUACAUACCGCCGGCUCGAUUGGUCGAGCUGCCGCCGGCGUCGUACUCGAGCCUUAUCGGCUCUAUAAGAGCACGAAAGCUCGAUCGGAUCUGUCUGACGCUCAUGCAGGUCCAAGCAGAGCAACACAACGUGCUGAGAAUGAGACCCAGCCAAGCGCGGAGCAGGCCGACACUGUUUCGAGUGACAAAAAGAAAGUUCCAUCGACCCAUCUAACAGCAACGGCACCUCGCAAGAAUGAAGAUCAGCGUGCUAUCAUGUCAGAUUCCAGUGAUUCAACAAACAGAACAAGAGAGAUCAUGAAAGUAUCUGCGAAAAAUGCUGGCAAGUUCUUUUUCUCGCCGAUAAAAGGUAUUGUACUGGACAUCCCCUUAGCAGCUGUUGAAGGCAUGUGGGCACUGCCUCGACUGCAUGACGAUAACGGAUACCAGCACACUGCAGUCAAAGACUGGAAAAGCGGAGGCAGCGUAGCAGCAAAAUCAUUCGUCCAUGGCAUUCACGAAGGCAUGACCGACAUAUUCAUCAAAACCUAUGCGGGCAAGAAGAACGAAGGCGCAAAAGGUGUUGCCAAAGGCUUGAGUAUGGGCUUUGUCAACCUGACCAUGAAGACGGGUGCUGGAGCGCUGGGAUUGAUUGCAUACCCAUGCCAAGGUGUGUAUAAGAGUAUACAUGCAGCCAUGCACACCAAAGCGAGGAAUGCAGUUGAGCAAGCGAAGCUCGACGAAGGCGAGUGGCUGAUGAACAACCAGCCUAUGGCAGAUGUAGAGAUCCAGGAUGUUGUCCAGCGAUUCUUACAUGCGACACCUGUCAAAGGCAACGGCAAGAGCAAAGUUGGUGUCUGGGGUCGAUAG